UGCACCGUCACUCUGGAUAUAAAUAGGUUUACUGAAAGCCAUGCGGGGACAGAAGGAAUCCUAUCACAACAGAAGGGGGAGGGCUCUCAGCCUGGGUGUACAUAAAGCAUACACAGCAGAGAGGGCAGACACACUAAGCCCACAGAUAGACAGCACAAAGGGAGACACUGGGUGCAGACUUCUUAGUUUACACAGCUAUACAAGAGGAAGAAGACGUAUAGACAGACGCUGCAGUGUUAAAGGCCAUGGGCAUGUAUGGAUCCAAGCCUCAGAAACAAGCGCAGGUCCUGAUGCUGGGCCUGGACGGAUCAGGAAAAACCACCCUGCUCUACAGGCUGAAGUACAAUGAGAGUGUGGUGACCGUACCCACUGUGGGCUUCAACGUGGAGACACUGGAGACGGACAGGAGCAGCCCGGGCCUGACAGUGUGGGACGUGGGCGGCCAGAGGAAAAUGAGGCCCCACUGGAAGCAUCAUUAUACAGAUACAGCCGGACUUGUGUUUGUGGUGGACAGCUGGGAUCAGAAGAGGCUGGACGAGACUCGCAAAGUUCUGCAUCGGGUCCUGAGGUAUGAGAGUCUCAGAGGAGUUCCUCUCGUGGUUCUCGCCAACAAACAGGACCUUCAGGGAGCUCUGAGCCCCGAGGCUCUCUGCGUCAAACUGGACUUGAGACGAGUCUUUGAGGGCAGGGCCUGGUUCAUCCAGCCAUGCUCAGCCAUCAGUGGCAUGGGACUGGAGGAAGGUUUCAGGAGGAUUGUCUAUCUCUUGAAGACGCCACUGAAACAGACUCAAGAGGACAUAAAGGUUAAGAUGAGGUCCAAAGGCCUCAGUAUAACAGCAAUGAAACAAGUCUUCCUCUGCAGGAGGUGAAGGAGGAAAAUGUUAAAGAAAGAUUAAUUCAUUUGAUGAGUAGGGUUCCUUCCCGUCAUCAAGUUGAGACCGCGCUGUGGCCGAACCUCGAGGAACAGCAUGAUCACAGUUUUUAAGGUUUUAAUUUCUGUGGCUGAAAGAACCUCAGGUUGAUGCUGGUGACACACUGCCUCCGGAUCAUGGUUGUAUACCAUGAGGAUGCUGAUAUGAAUUUUGGAUUAUGAGGAGAAUUUUAAGAAAACAGCAGAUUUGAGCUUUUGCACACUGAGUCUGAAAGUUUACACACUGUUCAUGAUAAACAAAAGCUCAAAGAAAUGCUCUUUUCUUGUUGUGAAGCUGUUUUUUUGUUUAUGGAUGAUACUUGAAGUUCCAGAGUAAAUUAUAGAAUUUCUUGUUUUGUGUCUAUUAUUUAAAAUUUUAUUUA